AUGCAGGAGCCGGGCAGCACCUCCCGUGCUGCUGUGGAGGAGGUGGGGGCGGGGCUGCAGGGCACCUGGCUGCAGAGGGUGACCCAGGAGUUGCCCCUGGACCCAGCCCCGCAGCCUGCCCUGCCCCUAGCGGUGGUGGCUGUGGAGCGGUACCUGGGCGGGGGUCCCGGGGCGGCUGGGCUGCCUCGGCCCGCCUGCCCCCAGUACUGCUACGACGUGACCCUGGCAGAUGGCACCUGCCAGCGCCAGUGCUACCUGGUGCCCCCCCUGCACCGCCUGGUGCAGCGCGGCGCCCUGCGGGCCGGCUACCAGGUGCGCGCCGUGCGCUGCUCCUACCUAUACGAUGAGCGGCUGCUGGGCCGCGGCUUCCUGUGCCUGGAGCAGCUGGAGGUGGUGGGCGACCGCCUGGCCGCAGCGACCCUGGCAGAUGGCACCUGCCAGCGCCAGUGCUACCUGGUGCCCCCCCUGCACCGCCUGGUGCAGCGCGGCGCCCUGCGGGCCGGCUACCAGGUGCGCGCCGUGCGCUGCUCCUACCUAUACGAUGAGCGGCUGCUGGGCCGCGGCUUCCUGUGCCUGGAGCAGCUGGAGGUGGUGGGCGACCGCCUGGCCGCAGCCCCGGGCUGGAGGGCGCCGCCCGCCGAGAGCCGCCGGCUGCCCCUGAAGGGCGGGAGGAAGCAUUUCCUUCCCCUGUGGAACAAUGAGGACCCGUACGGCGACCUGUGGGUGGUCGAGAAGCCACCGGGCCAGGUCGACGUCGAGGCAUCCAAAUUAAUCUCCCUUGGUCAUCUGGAAAUGAGCUGGAGAAGCAGAAUUCACUUCCAUCCCUUGCUUGUGAGAAUCAUGCACAAAUCUAGACUAAGGUACUAUGGGAAACCUGACAAAAGACUGGACGUUCCAUAUCAGGCUUAUUUUGAAGUUGCUGACAGUUCAGGCAUGAUGUCAAUGGUUUUGUGGAAUUCCUUAUGUCCUGAAUGGUAUAACAGUAUGAAGGUUGGCACAGUGCUUCUACUUGAACAGUAUGCUAUCAAAGCCAGUUAUCCAUUUAAAACACAGGCAACCCCAGGGGAUUCGCAGAUGAAGAGAUUUGCUACAAUUGAAAUCAGCCUGAAUUUUCGAGAUCCUCCAACUAAAAUUACUGUUAUUUCCGAAUCAAUGGUUAAACCGGAAUGGAGAUUACCUGAAGUUAAAUACCGGUUUAUAACUAGUGUGUGUUUGUUUUGGACAGAACAUGGUGAAGAUUUUUGGACAAGCCGCUGGGUACAUGUUAUUGAUGGGACCUCAAAUCAGCCGUUCAUACUGGAAUUGUUUGCCACAUCUCAGCCAGAUGUGUUUGAACACAUUCACCCAAGUAUUUAUCUUUUAUAAUAUUAUGAUGAUUGUAUUUUCUUUUUUAUUUCAAUGCAAAAUACAUUCUUAGAUGAGCAUGAAUUUCGAGCACCAGACAUCAUUACCUUAAAAAAAAAUAGCAGUAUAGAUUUUCCUUAUCCCGAAUCCAAAAAUAAAUGACCUGAAUGAAAGCAAACCCAAACAGUGCACCCCUCAACAAAAUUGGUAACCCUUACCAUGCCAUAACAUGCCCAGUAAUCUAGGUAAAAUGGGCUGUUUUGCUCUGGUUCAGACGAAACUGAAUGAAUCUGAGUACAUAAGAGAACAUCUGACUGACACUCCCAUUCUCUCUUCCGAGUUGAAGCCCUUCUCAUAAAAGUCCACUGACUCUAUAGCUAUGUCAGUUCUGUAUAGUGGGGAGGUAGUCUCUCAACUAAACAAGUUCAAAGCCAUUUAGAGCUUUAUAUGUCACAAGUAACUCUUUAAACUCCACUCAGAAAACAAUAUGAAGCUAGUGGAAAUCACAGAGCACUAGUGAAGUGUUUGGAAGGAUAAUCAGGUUAAUAAGGCUCCCCGUUUGUUCAUAAUCUUCAGUUUCUGCAUCAAGUUGUUAAGAGAGAACUUUGUGUUCUUGAGUUGACCUGAGUUAGAAAUAAUUGUAGGAACGUCAAUAAACAUUGCUAGGAACAUACUGACCAGGUGGAGAUAGAAAUUCUGCUUUCUUUAUGAUUGUCUAAUAAAAGCAAUGGAUCCAAGUACUGCCUCCAGCUACUAAUAUCUACUAACAAAUGGAGAAACACGCACCACCCGUUAGAUGGGCUAAUGCAGUUAUUGGCUAGCUCUCAUCCAUGACUGUACUCCCCUGAUCCCUGGUACUUGUCAGAACUGGCUGACAAGAUGAGAGAGUGCAUGCAAAAUCUGGAUAUAAUUGAGAUGUAUGUAGUA